AUGAAUCGAAUAAAACAACAAUGGAGUACAGAUAAAUUAUCAGAUCGACAUUUAAAUGCUAAUGGUCCUUUUGGCAAACGUCAUAUCAUAAAUAGUGAACCAAGCCCAUAUGCCUGUAAUCGACCUGAUGGCAUAUUAUCUUCUUCUACAAUUGUAACUGUAUCGAAUUUAAAUAUAUCAGCUACGACCUAUUCUAGUAACGAGCAGAUCAUAGUUACAUGGACACCAAUAUCAACUUCAUGUAAAGAUGAUUUCAUUGGAAUUUACUUUGUUGAGAUUCCUUUUGAGGCAGCUUGCGACUAUUUUGACUAUGAAUUUGUUCAAGAUCAACAAAGUAGUAUGUCAUGGCAAAUGGUUAAUCUUCGUCGUCCAUUAGAAUUUCGUUACUAUUCACGUGAUUAUAAUUGUACAGGCAAUUAUUCUCUUAUGGCUAAAUCUUCUAUUAUUCAACCAAUUAAUUAUAAUGAACCAACACAUAUUCAUUUAGCAUAUGGCGAUCGCAUUGAUCAAAUGUUUGUUUCAUAUUUAACAAAUUCAUCACAAUAUACUUCUCAAUGUCAAUAUGGAUUAACUCCAUCAUCUCUGAAUUUUUAUCAAAAUGGAACAACAACGACAUAUACAGCAUCAGAUAUGUGUGAAGGAAAAGCAAAUACAUCGGGUCCACAAACAUUUAUUGAUCCAGGAUUUAUGCAUACAAUAUUAUUAGAAGGUCUUCAUCCAUCAACAACAUAUUUUUAUCGUGUUGGAACAGAUGCACAUGGAUGGUCAAACAUCUAUUCAUUUACAAAUCGCCCAGCAAAUAAAGAUGAAUCAGUAUAUAUGAUUGCAUAUGGUGAUAUGGGUCUGUCACCAGUUGAACCAGGUGCAAAAACCACAAUUGAUCGAGUUACAGCACGAGUAACAUCAAGAAAUGUUACAUGUUUAUUACAUAUUGGCGAUAUUAGCUAUGCUCGAGGUGUCGGUGCUCAAUGGGAUGCAUUUAUGACACAAAUUCAACCAAUAGCAGCUUAUGUACCCUAUAUGGUUGGUAUUGGUAACCAUGAAUAUGAUCAUGAAACUGGAGGAGAUAAAGAUCCAAGUGGUGCACCAGGUCCUGGAGGAUUUCGACCAGGAUGGGGUGAUUAUGGUACUGAUUCAGGUGGUGAAUGUGCUGUACCUAUGGUUCAUCGUUUUCAUUCACCAUCCAAUGGCAACAGUCUCUUUUGGUAUAGUUUUGAUGUAGGUCCAAUUCAUAUUGUUUAUUAUUCAACAGAACAUGAUUUUCGUCAUACAUCAUUACAAUAUGCAUGGCUUGAAAAUGAUCUUCGUACAGUGAAUCGUUCUCGUACUCCAUGGGUUAUUGUUGGUGCACAUCGACAAAUGUAUUCAUCGGAAAAUGAUUCUAUUGGUGAAAAUCAAAUAAAAAUAAUGCUUCAAUUAUAUUUAGAAUCAUUAUUCUAUGAAUAUCAUGUUGAUGUUAAUCUCUUUGCACAUCGACAUUCAUAUGAACGAACAUGUCCUAUGUUUCAACAAAAAUGUGUAUCAGAUGGUAUAACACAUGUAUUAAUUGGUAUGGCUGGUCAAAAUUUAGAUUCUGGUUUAUAUUCACCUGUUACAUGGAGUCAAUAUCAUGAUCAACAAUUUGGAUAUACGACAAUAUUUGCAAAUCAAACCUAUUUACAUUUAACAUAUUAUCACGAUAGUGAUGAUAAUAUUGCUGAUCAAUUUGUACUUGAGAAAUAA